ACGGAAGAGGCGAGAUUACUGACGCACUCAACAUCCCUUUCUUCAAACUACCGUCCAGACACUCACAAGUUUCCACGACUGUUUCAGAAAGCUAUUGAGUUGUUAAAGCAUACCAUCCAUCACUGGCACCGCCAAAGAAGCUCACUGCGCGUCCGCGCAGGCGAGCAUCGAGCAAGGGAGGGUGUCACGAAGGACAGUCGAGAUGGCGGCGGUGCACACACAGGGUCAACGACAUGACAGAUUAGAGACACCAUCGGGAACCGGGAGUUUGGAUGUACCCUCUGCGCCACACACAGCGCCGCGAGCGACCAGUGCGAAUGUGUCAAUUGUGCAGAAGAUGCUUUCAGCCGUUAGUGGAAGCAUCCUGACUUCGCUGCUUGUCACACCUCUGGACGUCGUCCGCGUCCGCCUCCAAGCCCAGCAAAGUCCGUCCCCUUCCGCCCGUCUGCCUUCAUUCCUACAACUCCCUCCGAACCUCGGCGUCACGGCCUGCUGCCGCGAGGUAUUCUGGGUGCACAACAACUCACAGUUCUGCGUCGCUUCCCCGUCGUCCUCAUCCGCAGCCGUCAUCGACGAGAGCAUCAUCUCUGACUGCGCCGCAGAAGAAACCCAACGGCGCACCUUCAACUCCACUCUCGACGGACUGCGGAAGAUCGCGCGGAACGAGGGCGUGUGGACGUUAUGGAGGGGUCUAAGUCCGACGCUGAUGAUGGCCGUUCCGGCUAAUGUUAUCUACUUUGCGGGCUACGACUGGUUGCGGACGAGUCAGCAUAGUCCUAUGAUGGGCAGAGUGAGCGACGCAUACCAGCCGCUUGUUGGCGGCAGCAUGGCGCGUAUACUCGCUGCUGUGGCAGUCAGUCCAAUUGAGAUGCUGCGCACCCGAAUGCAGGCGUCGAAUGUAAAGGGAGGCGGCGUCCUAAAGCAAACUGUUACAGGACUUAGAGAGAUGGUCGGCAACGAAGGCGUGCACUCCCUCUGGCGAGGCCUCACUCUAACCCUUUGGAGAGAUGUCCCUUUCUCGGCACUCUACUGGUGGGGCUACGAGUACGGCCGCAACCGCCUGGACGAGGCUCGAACAAACUCAACCAUCUUAAUGGGUCAGCAUCGCAAGGCCGAGCUUUCCCAUUCAGCGCUGCUCAUGGAUUCUUUCAUCGCUGGUGCAACAUCGGGAGCCAUAGCCGCUUUCGUUACCACGCCGUUCGAUGUGGGCAAGACGCGCCAACAAACUCUCAUGCAUGAUCCAAAGGCUCAACAAAAGAAUCUCCCGGAGAGCAGGACCAUGCCGCGCUUUUUGUGGCACAUCUACUGCACCGAGGGCACCACUGGCUUAUUCAAAGGUUGGGCAGCGCGAUGCCUGAAGGUGGCGCCAGCGUGUGCGAUUAUGAUCAGCAGCUACGAGAUCGGGAAGCGGAUGGCAGGUGCUGUAAAUGAGAGGCGAGAGGAGGCCGAGCGGUGAUGGUUGCUUGACUUACGUCCUCAAGGUUCGUUUCUCGAGAGAAGCCCGGGCGGCGCGAGUGGGUCCAUGUUGUGUACUACUAUCCGGUCUGUUUCGCAGCACUCUGAGCGUUCGCGUUUUAUGUAAUAGUACUCAUAAGAUACACCAAGAAUCGCAUAACAACCCGUUGUCGUACAAUGGCGCCCGCCGGCCACAUACUCUUCGACCGGGUGCAUUGUAGCAGCGCGAGCACCGUUGAAGACUAUGUAGACAGGCUCAGCAAUGAACUCGCCCAUACCGACCAUGGACCAUAUAGCACUGUAUAUCCACGGCCUCGCCAUGCGUCAUGUAGAAGGAUCGGUGUAUGCUGGGAACAGGGCCAGAUGUGAUCAGGCCUUCGAACUCGGUAGGCUUGAGUAAUUGGGACAGCGACGGAAGGACGUCUUGGGAGGC